CCCUAGAGCAUUCCGUCUCCAUCAAUCAAUCUCUCUCUCCUCUGUACCGACUCGUUCGCCGCGUGGGUCUGAAGCGCAGGCUCGAAGGCACCAGAAGGAAGGAGAAGCAGAGAGAGAGAGGAAGAAGGAUGGAUCCAGACGCGGUGGCGAAGGCGUUCGUGGAGCACUACUACUCGACGUUCGACGCGAACCGGGCGGCCCUGUCCAACCUCUACCAGGAGGGCUCCAUGCUCACCUUCGAGGGCCAGAAGAUCCAGGGCUCCCCCAGCAUCGUCGCCAAGCUCACCUCCCUCCCCUUCCAGCAGUGCCAGCACAGCAUCACCACCGUCGACUGCCAGCCCUCCGGCCCCGCCGGCGGCAUGCUCGUCUUCGUCAGCGGCAACCUCCAGCUCGCCGGCGAGCAGCACGCCCUCAAGUUUAGCCAGAUGUUCCAUUUGAUGCCUACACCACAAGGAAGCUUUUAUGUAUUGAAUGACAUUUUUCGGUUGAACUACGCAUGAAGACAGGGUUGACAUAUUGGAUUCAACAAGUGUGAGACCACCUUGUCUUGAUCUUAAAUGCCAGAAGACAGAAUCCAUUUGCAAUUCUGUAAUCUUCUUAGGCUUUUGCAAAGGAUGGAUUUUCAGUUGGUGUUUUUGAUGUUCUAUUGCUGGACCAUUCGAUGAUGUCUUUGUUGAGAUUGGUGGAGUGUGAAAAAGAUUUCUGUACGUUUGAUAAGAUGGAACUGUGACAAUCUUAAUUGGAUUUCACGUUUGAAUUCAGUCGCCUAUGUCAGAUUGCUACUUCUUGUGA